UCUGCGAUAAUGAGUGCCCUCGCGCCAUGCUGAAGGCGGCUGCGAGGCGCAAGCCGGGCCCGCAGGAGGGCAUAGACCACCUGUUCCUCCUGCCAGAGAGGGCGCUCGCCAUGGACAGCGGCCGUCUGCAACAGGACUUGGCGGGGCUCGACUUCAGCGUGCGCGUGCUGCACUCGGCGCCCCAGGGUAACGUCUGGCUCUCUGGUGCUGCACCAGUGGACGGUGAGCAGGGGCGGCACUCUUCCCGAAACGCACCUGCAGUCAAAGGACAAUCUGGUACACUUCACUGGUUUGCAUACGUUGGACAAGAGCCCGAUUUACUUCAGAAUGAAAGUGUUAGCGAAGCAGGAAAGGAUGCUGUGACACGAGACAGGGAAGAGCGGCUACGUUUGCUAAAGGAACGCCAAAAUGAAGAACGGCAAAGGAAGUUAGAGGAAUUGAAGCAGCAGGCUCUUGCUGCCCAGAAGUUUCGUGAACAGAAGGAGGAGGAGCGACGACGGCGCAUUGAAGAGCUCAGGCAACGGGACAAUGAUCGACGACUGCAGGUGGAAGAACGCAAGCGACAAAUAUACGAAGCUGAGCGGGACCGUAGGGAAGCCAUAUUGCGAAAAAAUCAGGAACGUGAAGCUCGCAUAGACUCGAAGAGGAAAAAUGAACGAAGUUCUGCAGUAUUUGCUUUUGGUAGUUCAACACCACGAAUGUUGGAACCAGCCGACACCGGUGGUUCAUUUUGGGGUACAAGGAGGGCAACUUCAACAAGUAAUGUAAUGAUGUUCACGGCUACUCCACUCACUCGACGUUCAUCUGAGCGAGAAUUAGAUGGAACUGGCAAGAAGAGAGCAACAUCUGCCAGUGGCCUAGACCGAAAGCCAGGUGAAGAUAUGAAAAUGUCCACUUCAAUGUACGAAGUUUUCCACUGGAAUGAAUCUCCUCAACCUGUGGGUACUGCCACUCAUCGUGCCCAAAGCAUUUCUGGUGUUUAUAGCUCUGAUUUAGGGGCUCCUCCCCAGAAAAAACUUGAUUUAGACUCUACUUUGUCAGUGAAAAAAGAUGGAAGUAGCUUUUCAAGUGCCCCCCAAACACCCUCCUCUAAUAUUGCCAGUAUUUUCAGCGGCUCCGCUGGUGGUGAAGAAGCAGAUGGACAGCAGCAGAAUGCAGCGCAGACCAUUGUACGAGUUAAUCGACGCAAGACAGAUCUCAUGCCAACGAUACCAUCACCUCGUGAUACAACACCCAGCUCCAGCAGUCGGCGGGCACCGAGCCGCUCGCCAGGUAGGGCGCUGUCGAUGUCUCGUCUGGAUGUGCUGUCUCAGCCUCGAUUCCCUCGGCGCCAGGUGGCUGUUCCUACACCUGCCCCACGACAGCGCCUGGCAUUGGGGUCCUCCCAAAGCAUGUCACGUAGCACAGGCCACCUGGCAGCAGUAGGAGCAGACAGUCAGCUACGGCGCAUGGAUGCUGCACGAAGCAUGUCACACUUAUGUGGAAAUGCACCUCCCGUGCCUCCUCCCCGUACAACACGGGCAGAAAGGUUGCGCCAACAAGCAGCAGGACUGCGUUCUGGUGAAGUAACUCCAUCAAGACCAGUGAGUGCCCUGAGCCAACAUAGCGUAAACAGCGUAGGAUCAGGGACAAGCCUGCGGACACGUCCAUCAACUGCCCCACGCCGUCCUCGUCCCUUCAGUAUUGCAGUUACUGGUGUCAGCCAUGAGCCAGCGCAGAAGCAUGGUGCUUCUGGAGAACAAAAAUCUUCAAAGCUGCAGAGCCCAGGUGGUGAGAAGGAAGUAUCUAAGCCUCCAAUACCAAGAGUUCAUGGUACGAAGAAACCAACAAAACCAGAAAACUUACCAAAGAAACCUACUGAAAAGAUAACAAAGGUAUCAAAGGCAUCACCAAAAAUAACUCCCAAGGGUACUCCUCUACAGUCUCCAGGCUCUGAAGGUACACCAUUACUACCACAAGGACAGGAAGUUUCGGAGGCAGAGAAGGAUAAAAUGAUUUCAAAAGAAAACAGUAAGGCUGAAGGCACUGAGAGCACAGGGUCAGAUGUAGUAGCAGUUGUACCUACAACAGAACCUGGAGAAUUUCCAGAAAAGACAAAUGAAAUUGUAAAAGAACCAGUUGAAUCAAAGGAGACUGAAAAAGAUAUAUCUGAACUCAGUGAUUUAAAAGAGGGGCCAUCUCCAAAGGAACUAGUAGAGCCCAGUGAUCAGCAGGAGGAGAUAAAGAAAUCAGUUGAAUCAAGUGAGAUAAAGAAAGAAGUAACUGAAUUGAAUGAAGGAAAUAAAAAACCAUUAGAACUGAAAGAAGAAAAAUCUGGCUCCCAAAUUACAGGCGAUAUUAAAUCAGAUGCACUUGAGGCAGGACAAGUAGUUACUGGUGAAGAAAUGCAAGAAGUUAAGGGCAUAGAUACUUCAACUGCUCAGGUGUCUGAAACUGAAGCGGAGAUGACAGCUUCCAUGAUAGCCAAAACGCGAAUAACUACAGAAGAAGAAGCGAAGGCAGCACUGGCUGAGAGGAGACGUCUAGCUCGGGAACAAGCAGAGAGGGAAGCAGAGCUUGAGAGGCAAAGAUUGGAAGAAGAGCGUCGGAAAGAGGAGGAACGUAUACGGUUAGAAGAAGAAGAACAGCGUCGCUUUGAAGAGGAACAGCUGCGCCUUGUGGAGGAAGCACGAAAAGCUGAGGAGCAAAGACUCUUGCUAGCUAUCCAGGAAAAUGAAAGACGGGAGAGGGAAGAAAAAAAGAAAAGGGAGGAGGAAAUGAAGGCCAAAGCAGAAAAAGAAGAAGCAGAGAGAAAAGCCCGAGAGGAAGCAGAAAGGUUGCGUAAAGAGAUGGAUGAACGACUAAAGAAGGAAGAAGAGGAGCGCAUUGCCCGUCGCAAACGUGUGGAAGCAAUCAUGUCACGCACUAGAGGGAAAGGUGCAACACCCACAAGCACUCCUGUUAAGGGCCAGCUUGAAGGUGAAAGUGGUGGUGAUGAAGAUGGAAAGGAUGUCAGUCCUACAGAAGAGAGAAAAAUUGUGCCUAGUGGAGAUGGUCACAUGGAUGUGGGGAAUAAGGAGUCUAUGGAGACAGAAAAGGGUACAGAUGUGGUUCCCAGCAGUGUUGUAGAAAAUGGGAAAACUGCUACUAGUGAACAAUUGUUAACUGAGAAUAGUAAUGUGAAAACAGCAGAAAUAAGUGGCAACCAUGUAAAUAGUAAUAACACUAAUCUUGAGCCUGUAACUCAGUUGCAGAACAAGCUUUCUGAAAGUCACGACGAGUCACUACGUCACUACAGCAUGGAAGUCCAGGAUGACGUUCAUGAUGAAACUCUUUCUGGACACUCUUCAACAUGGAAAGCUGAAGACAGCAUGAUGUGUGUGCAUGAACUUUUGAACACUGACUGUAGAAUACCUGUUCCUCUGAUAGCUCAGACUCUGGGUAUAUGCAAAAUCAUUGUCCAGGAGACUAUUUUCUUCUUGCUACAGGGCCAGCUUGAAGGUGAAAGUGGUGGUGAUGAAGAUGGAAAGGAUGUCAGUCCUACAGAAGAGAGAAAAAUUGUGCCUAGUGGAGAUGGUCACAUGGAUGUGGGGAAUAAGGAGUCUAUGGAGACAGAAAAGGGUACAGAUGUGGUUCCCAGCAGUGUUGUAGAAAAUGGGAAAACUGCUACUAGUGAACAAUUGUUAACUGAGAAUAGUAAUGUGAAAACAGCAGAAAUAAGUGGCAACCAUGUAAAUAGUAAUAACACUAAUCUUGAGCCUGUAACUCAGUUGCAGAACAGCAACGGGCAUCGAAAUGGCACUGAGUACAGAGAACUGGAUUUUGGCAGUGUAGAUAAUGUGAAGCAAAGUAAUACAUUAGAGAUCAGCACAAGCAAUACAACACAACAAGCCAUAGAUUCAACAGAGUUCGAACAAAUUUUGGACUUAAACCGCAUUCAGGCUACAGGGAAGCUGGCAAAUGAAGAUAAUGUUAACUCAAAUAUCAUGACUAAUGGUCCCAAUGCUCCCAUUAUUGCUUUUCAGGACAAUCUGUCCAAGAAACAGGAUACAAAUUCUGUAACUGACCUGCUAUCAUAGUGCAUUCUACUACACAAUUCAAGAAGUGACAAAUGAAGAAAUUCCUUGCUUACUGCAUCAGAUACGAAUGUGUAAUGUAAAUAAAUUGAGAAAUUGUGUCUGGAUAAGACUGAUUCAAGACUGGAUGGUGAUCUUUAAGAGUGAGAAAAACCAUGUUAAUAUAAUGAUGUUACUGUUUAAUGAUAAUAUUAAUCAUAGUAAUAACAGAAGUGAUACUGCGCAACAUGUUAUGGAAGAAGACCUAUAUCAUACUCAGCUGCAUCACAUUUUAUUUUUUACCAACACAUCUUGUGAAUGUUUGAAUCUGUACUAAAAAGGAAAACAGAUAUAAAUGUGCACAAAAUUAAGAAGCUAUGACACUCUGAAAAUGCGCUUUGUGUAUAAUUAGAAAAUAAUUUUAAAAUGAAACCUGGUUUGUUGUCUGUAAAUCUAACUAUUGUAUACUGGUAAAGUCAAAAUAGCUUCAGAAAACUAGUAUGCUUCCACUUUUGUUAUUAUUUACUUACAAAAUUCUGCUGUGUGUGCAUUUUAUUUUAUUUUCAAGUUAUCAUUGGUGUAUUAUCUAAUUUAUAAUGUUGCAGUUGUUGUUUUGGAUGUAUCAUUUAAUAUUAAAACUCAUGAACAGUUUUAGUAAUAAAAUAUUUACUCCCUAGUCAGCCAAACAUAAGCACUGUGCAAUUUGUAAACCAAGGAUGUUGUAUAUGUUCUGAGUGAUGAGUUCACAUUUGUUGUUAAUAUUAUAAUUUUUCAAAACUGAGUCGUAUAAAUAAUAAUGAUGUUGGUGACAAUGGAAACAACAUACAUAGUAUUUUCCACAGUUGUUCAUUAUGCACUCAGUCAUUUAAUGUUACAAAACACAGUGAGAAUUUUACAUUAUAUGAGAAAACUACCACUCCCACUCCCCGUCAUUCAGUAUUAUGACGGUUUUGACUUUCCUGUUUAGCAAUAUUAAGAAAUUCAUUGACGAUAUUUUGCAGCUAUAUGUUUUACUUUGACAUCACAAUUGUAUCAGCAGUCGUAUUUGAACAAUUGUAAAAUUAUUGCUUAUUGUGCAAUGAAAAAGGGGCACAUUAACUAUUUCAAAUUAAGUGAAGAAAGAAUUUUCAACUCCAUGAAUUAAGUACAUGUUUUGUCUGUAUGCUAAAUUGUUGUGAAAGUAAUUCCACUUCAUAAUUUGUUUUAUUGGUAUCAAUAUUUCAGUUGUUAGUUAUGAAACUGAUUUUAAUGCAUGUAUUUAUUUACAAAAUUUUAAUCAGAUCGUUGUUCACUUUGGGGUAUUUGAUUGUAAAAUUUAUAUUUACUCAGUAACAAAUGAUAUGAGUCGCCUAAGAAUCUAUAUUUAAUGUUAUGAAAACUAAUAAAAUUGUGAGACAGACAUCAUAUAAUAGGUUUAUAAAAAAAAUAAAUAUUUUUUGGAAAAUUUGUUCCUAGGCCCAAGUUGUAUACACUGUAACUAGGUUAACUAUUAAUUCCUCUAAACCACAUAACUGAAACAUUAAUUUUGUCUAAUCAUUGUGUAAUUUAACAUAUUUUUUGUUUUAAACUUGCUAAGUUAUUGAAUUUCAUUUUUCACAGCUAUUUAAUUUCAACAAAAUUAGAUUUCAUAUAUUCACCACUUUAAAAUGUUUCUUGUAAUACUAAGCCACGUAAAUACAGACAUAUUUCAGUGAUGAUGUUGAAAUACUGGACCAUAUGCUGAUACUAAAACUCAACAGUAGGCAAUAUUUUGUUGCGGAAUAAUUGUGGAAACAAUUGAAUGGUAAAAGAAAUGGGUGCUGAAUAAUUGCAGCUCAGUAUGUUGUUACUCUAAAUGCAUUAACUGAAAUGUAUCAGUAUUCCCCCUCCAAUAUGCCAUUGAUUUUACAGCUUUUGGAAUUGCUGACUUUAAAAUAAAAAUUUUUGCCUACUCAA